AUGUUGAUUCCCAAGGGCAACAUGGAGAAGCGAAGAAUUGCCCUCAUCAGGCAGUUCUUAAUCACGAAGCAGCUUCUGAGGAGCGACAACCAUUCCCAGCUGUCCCUUGCCCCCAUUACAACUCUGCCAACGAGAUUCCCCAAGAGGUUGUUCCUGGAUGGGGAAUCCGCUACGCCUAUCUUUCAUAAACUAAUAGACUCAAUGACUACUGAUAUAGAAGGCCUGCUGAAGAUGUAUUCCAAGAUUAGAGAUGACGAUGAGUUCGUUAAUGCAUUUUGUUGCAUAGUUGAGAAGGUGUAUCUAUCAGGGAAGAAGAGUGUGAGUAACUGUAUCAGGGCAUAUGUCACUCGCAAUGAUUUUCUGUUGGACCAGUCUUCAGGUGAGUUGAAAAUGGCGCAAGUGGAGAUUAACUUGAGCUCUGUGGUUGGUCCGCAUAGCAUGGAGGAGCUUACUGAGUUGCAUAAGAUGUUGGUGAUACCGGAAUAUAGAUCUAAGUUGCCUGGGAAUAAACCGAGAACAUUGUUGAUAGAUAAUCUGAGAACACUGGACGAUGUUUACAAGGCUCGUUUUGGAGAUGGCCAGAGACAAUGUAUCCUGUGGGUGCUAGGGAAGUUUGAGGCUAAUUUCCCAGAGAUAUUGCACUGUGUUAGCUGCCUGCGUGAUGUGGUUCGUGCCAGUGAACUUGGUCGGGACGGAGAGAGAUCGGAUAGUAGUGGCCGGGUGGAGACUGAGGGUGGGGGGGAGAACAUCUCCUCUAGAACGACUGUAGAAACGGCUGCUGUGGAAGGCAACAAUACCCGGGUCUUCGUGGUGGCCUGGGACGACCUUGCAAAUGCCUUGUCCAAUUUGAAAUUUGAGAAUCAGCGUUUCUACUUUAACCCCGCCCUCUUUGUAUAUAACGAAGAGGACUAUCUCUUUGAAGUCUCCACCGUCUAUUUUAGAACUGGCUACAGACCGGACCAUUAUCAUACCCAGAACCACUGGCUUCUCCGGGAGUUCAUAGAAGCCAGCGAAUGCGCCGUGAUUCCCAGCGCUGUCUCGCAACUAGUCGGCCUCAAGAAAGCGCAACAGGUAUGGAGCAGCAAACAGACCUUUGUUGGCGCAGAAAACGAACGCCCCGCUCUCGAAAGGUACUUACCAAACAAACAACAAAGAGACCAUAUCACAAAUAUGUUUGUCGACCAGGUCGACGUCAGCGAUGAAGACCCACACACCCUCCGAAUUAUUCAGGACGCUUUGAAGAACCCCCAGCACUAUGUCCUCAAACCACAACGCGAAGGAGGCGGUAAUAACAUAUACGGAGACCAAAUACCUCUUGCCCUGCCUCCUCUACUUGAGAAUAAAACUGCCAGCCACAUUCUCAUGACCAAAAUAGACAGUCCGGAAACCCUCACUGAAAUUUAUGUGGACGACGUCCUCUCUAUCAAGUCCUGUGUUAGUGAAAUCGGAUUCUACGGCGUCGGUAUUUGGAAUGGCAACAAACAGGUAGUAAACGAAAACAUCGGCUACUUACUAAGAACUAAAAAGGCGGAUUCUGACGAAGGCGGCAUAAGUAUAAAGGCGGCAGUUUUCGAUAGCGUGAUGCUGGUGUGA